UCAGUCCUCAGGAGCUAGCUCCCUCCUGCUUGUUGUUCUCCUCCAGCCUUUCGCUCUGAAGAAUGGGGGAAGCAGACGUGACGCUGAGCCAACCCGACGAGAAGCCCCCGGACCCCGGCCUGCUCCCCGGGGACGACUCGGUGGUCUGGAGCCACGAGGUGGAGGUCUGUCUGUUCCACGCGAUGAUCGGACACAAGCCCGUCGGAGUGAACCGCCACUUCCACAUGAUCUGCAUCCGAGACAAGUUCAGCCAGAACAUCGGCCGGCAGGUCUCCUCCUCCGUCAUCUGGGACCACCUGGGGACCAUGUACGACAUGCAGGCUCUGCACGAGUCAGAGAUCCUGCCGUUUCCAAACACAGAGAAGAGCUUCUCUCUGCCUGAUGACAUCAUCCAGGAGGUGAAAGAAGGGAAGCUUUGCUCGGAGGAGGAGACCAAAGAGGAGUUCAGGAUGGAGAGAGAACCUCCAGCGACACAUGAAGAAGGAAGCAACUCGUCAGUGAAGAUGUCGGAGCGAACGAGCAGCAGUCGGGACAAAGAGAGAGAGCGGGACAAGGACAAGGGAACGAGUGAAGGGGGAGCUGCGGGGGGAGGGGGAGGAGGAGGAGGAGGAGGAGGAGGAGGAGCGGCGGGGGUGGGAGGAGGAGGAGGGAAGGAGGCAGAGAAGAGGAAGAGAAGUCGAGCGGCUGAGAAGCUGCUGUCGUCCUCCAACCCGGCGAGUCCCGGAGGAGCCAAGAGGAGACGCACCUGAGAGAGAGAGGGAGAGAGAGAGAGAGAGGGAUAUGCAGUCAGUGACAGAAAAAAAAGUGAAGAAGAAGAAACCGCCCUCACGGAGUCAAACCUGCGUGUAAUGUGACACCUGGCUGGAGGGGGAGGAGCUUCAUGUUGGCCUGUGCUGUGAUUGGUUCCUUUGACUGUUGUUGUUUUGACCUUUCCGAGACUUUUCUCACAGAGGUUUUUUUAUUCCACUCGUUCUCCAGACGCCUCCAUUACCCACAAUGCAACGCGGCGGCCAGGUUUUGUGCGACGCUUGUUGGUAGAGAUGCUGUUAUUAAUUAUUGAUCACUGAAGAUCAAUAUUAACAGUUUCUCACCAACACGUUUAACUCCUCUGGAGAUUCUAGAUCAAUCCGACAUGAUCGGGAUCAAUAACUCUCCGUUACAUCUCUACUUUCUUUACUUUUAUGGUCGUAUUCAACCGACGGCUCGAGAUCCCGGCAGCUGAUUGGCUGGUGGUCAUUGCCGGUUCUGACAGGGUUUAAGCUCCGCCCCCAGACUCUAACUGGUCUCCGUGGUGAAAGUCCCUCAACGCCUGACCUCGCGGCUGUGGAGGAAGCCCAGUGACUCGAGUGACAUCACUUGAGGACGUUUAUCUAACCCCUCCCCCCCCCCCGUCUGGGUGACUCCUCCCACCUGAGUGCGCGAAAUCCUGAACCCGUGUGUUUGUGAUUCGGGGGUUUGACCUCUGUGUCGAAGGUCGUUUUUUUUCUUUUUCGUUUCACCCGACAGGUUUUUAUCGUUUGUUAAAUUUUAUGCAAUAAAUCUGUUUUUAUUUUUUAUUUCAUCUGAAUGGAUUUUGUACGUUUUUUUUCCUUCUUUUUAGUAUUUGUGUUUUUUUUCCUCGGGUUUUAUUCUAGUUUUCCUGCCGACAGGAAGUGGUGGCUUUCACCUUCGGACCGCAAAAAUAAAAGUUUCCUUUUGUGUUAAUUUAUUGGUGUUUGAGGCUGUUUGCGUCAUUAAAGAUGAACUGGGAUCCGCCUCCUCUCCUUCCUCGCGCAGUACACUGAGAGCCAGGUACUUCAUGUACUUUGUACUUCACUACUUUGAAAACAGAACAUUUAAAAAGAUUGAUUUCCUCAUUAAAAUGUGUACAGUAAUUUAAAUGGUUCUGCAUUAAUGUAUAUAUAUAUAACCGUAAAACAAUAAUUAAUAACUUCUGUGUAGUGAGAACUUUGAGGACACGUUGAUCUGAAUAUUUCUUGUGUUGAAUUUAAAAUAAAGAACUUUUACUAUUUUCAA